UUUUUCCCCUUUCCCAUCUGCAGGUCUUGAGCAGGCGUUUCGUGCUUUUUAAAGAAGCUUCACACGGCAGAAAACUAUAGACAGCGUUCGAACUGUUGUUGCCUGCAGGACAAACCAGACGAUCAGCCACCGUCGUAUUCUACAAGCUCUCCAAACCCAAAAGAGCAUGGUGGAUUUCACACUUCAACUGUUACGUCGCAUACAAGUACGCAUCGAUACGUCUUCGCCGUAAUAUCAAGCAAGUUCUUAUUGAAUUAAAGACGGAUCAACCCGAACCUGCACAGAGUGUUUUAUUUCGUCUCUGACUUCCUUUAAACUUGAGUGUUGUCAAACACCUUGUAAAGGGUAAGCGACACGAUGAAUUAAAUAUAUAAUCUGCACUGCUCUUGGUAGAAUGAUUAGUUUGAUCAAGGAAUAGCCUGUAAUGGGAGAUCGCCGCUUGGAGCUACAUCUUUCAAAAAGUGCCUAUGCUAUGGAUGACACGACCAUGGACGGAUCUACUGAAUCGUAUGGAGACGAUUUUGGGGACGAUAAUGAUACCACAAACGAAACCAUUGCUGUCCACUCCACGCAAAUCGGGGCUGGUAUGGCACUGGCUGUUGUCACCUUGGCAACAGCGUUCGGAAAUAUCCUCGUGAUCGCAGCCGUGAUGUCGUGGAGGCGCCUCCGCGUGAAACAGACGAGUUGGUUUAUUGUUUCGCUAGCCGUGUCUGAUGUCUCCGUCGCGUGUCUCGUCAUGUCUUGGAACGCUGUCUCGUACACGCUCGGUUACUGGCCUUUCGGAUUCUUCUGUAGAGUCCACGUUGCAUUGGAUAUCAUGAUAUCUACAGCCUCUAUUUUGAACCUUUGCGUCAUAGCCGUUGAUAGGUAUUGGGCAAUCACGAAGCCCUUUGAGUAUCAAGAGAAAAUGACCAAACGAAGGGCAUUGAUCAUGAUCGCUGUCGCUUGGAUUCUUUCUUUCGUUCUUUCAUUCUUACCAGUAUUCAGUAACAUCCAUACCGUACCAAAUAGUAUGAACUCUUUGGAGCUGGAUCCUCCACAGUGCAUAUUUCUCCUCAACCGGUACUACGCCGUCAUCAGUUCUUGCAUUAGCUUCUACAUCCCCUCUGCCAUCAUGAUCGCCAUUUAUGCACGGAUUUUCCGCGAGGCUCGUCGGCAAGAAAAGCUUAUCAGGAACCAUAACACACCCAUGGACUCCAAUCAAAGGGGUGAGCACAAAGCUGCAAAAACUCUAGGAACAAUCCUUGGUGUGUUCAUCUGUUGCUGGUUGCCAUUCUUCGUUGUCAAUUGCAUACUUCCAUUUUGUCGAACCUGUGUUAGUGACAGUGUUUUCCAAACAGUACUUUGGUUGGGUUGGAUAAACAGUAGCCUUAACCCUCUCAUUUACGCCACCAAUCGUGAGUUUCGAAACGCGUUCAAGCGUUUGUUGUGCCGUCAGAGGUUUCUGCGGGAAAGGACUCUCCAAUAUAGCACAACAACUACGCUGCUGACGCACCUAGGUAAUGGCAAAAUAGACUCGAAUGAGAAUGAGCGGAGAAAGAAUAAUCACCUAGAGACGAACCUCAAGAGGGAGGAGGCUUGUAGGGCCGCUCCUCCUGCUCCACCUCCAGGUGGGGGCAGUGGUUCGGCAUCUCCUUCCAACCCUGGAACUCCGCGGGUGCUACGAGUGGUAUCAGAUGCUGCAGUUGAAGACAACACAGGUACAGAGAGGGAUCCUUUGAGGCAACAGGAUUACCCGGAGAGGAACGUUGGGCAUAGAUUAGCACAGUACAAAAGACUAGGCUCAGAGCAUGCAAAGACGUAAUGAAAGCUGGAUGAUAUAUAUAUCUUUGUGUUUUUAUACAUAAUUUAUAUCUCGUAAAUUAAUCAUCAAAUGCGUUUUAGUUUUUCUAAACAACUGUGAAAUUACUACGUAUAUGACUUUUUAGUGUCCGUUUAUCAUUGACAUAACAGUACGUAAAGACAGUCGGCGGAUUAUUGCAUUGAAACCAAAUAUACUAAAAGGGAUGGCUCGAUUGUUUGCAAUGUUGAGACAAGCUAUACGAACUCACCAAAAAACACCUAUUGAGAAAACUUUGUUGAGACACAACAGAGCUUGUUCUCCUGUUUUAUUUAUGUGGCUUCAACUGAUGGCAUCGAAGAAUUUCACAGAUGUAUUUUUUAUACGAUUUUAUAUUAUAUUUAUUUGAAAGUUGUAAAUUAUGCAAGCUAAAUUAUUGAAUGUUUUACCCCCUUUCAGUAAAUAUGAGUCCCGUUAUCCUCUGUCAGAAUUUCAAUGCCUCAAAGAGUUCAUAUGGUUGAAUACGUAAGACCAAACUUAUAUGCUCCCCUCCAUGUCUCAAUCCUCUAUGAGAAGUGGGACGGUCGUAUAUUAGGUGCUAGUUGUAACGUUCAUAUAACAUAAUGCAAAGUAAACCGUGAUUAUAUAUUCAAACUAGACAUUCAAAUCCAUUCUGUUUGUAUCACAAUCAUUAUUGUUAUGUCACGAGUGUGGGAAAUACGAGUGCUGUUACGAAAGAUCAAUAGUGAAGAUUACUUUGUCUUUUUAAGAUCUGUAACUGUCUAUACGCCCUGAGGCAUUGAAAAUCUCUUUAAAAUCGUAUCAAAUGAAAUCAUUAGGAGAAAUAAUACUUUCUAAGUUAAAAUAUGUUUGGUACACUAAGGUACAUGUAUGUCCGGAUUAUUGGCCAAUGUUAUGCAACACUAAAAAAAAUACAUGUUAACAUGCGUCAUAAUUUUCAACUAGCGAUGAAAGCAUACAUUUUACAUGUUUUAUAUUACGUCACUUGAAACCUUCCAAUGUCCAUCAUUUACCAACAUGGCUUGCAUCAUUACAAAAAGAAUGUCCAUUGCCGAAUGUAAACUAUGUUGUUCCUGGAGCUGAGACCUAUUUUCCCUUACCAUUUUCAAGAAGUCGUUGUGGCAGUAUCAUUAAUUCCUAAUUUUAACCUUAGCGUUAGAACGUACUUGUUUAUCAAUUAUGAAGGAAUCAAUCUGUAACGAUAACAAGUGAUUUAUCUCAUAUGAGUGAUAUUACUACAACUUCAAUUUAAAAAUAAAAACGGUGAGAAAGUCUAGAAGUCUAAUUCAUUACAAUAGCCUAAAUCAUUACUAUGAUUGCAAUUAAGCAAUGGCAUAAUAUUCAAUAUUAACAUUACUUGUUCAGGCUUAAUAGUACACUUUUUGAAGUGGUGCACAAUGCUGUAUGCUUCCAACUUGUUUAAGUGAUAUGCAUUGAACAACUGUGUUGUAUAUUGUUGUUUAAUCAGUUAUGAAUGUUGAUAUAAAACAAAAGAUUUGUGGCAAGUAAUUCCUUUCGUAUUCAGGGCGGCAUAAACAAUAAAAGGAAAGAAAGAAAAAAACAUAGAAUAUAUAUAUUGAAAAGAGAGGUCUCGGUCUGUGUAUAACUCAUCUUAUUCUAAUGGGCCAUAGAAAGUCACCUGACACCUCUCCCAUUCCUUUCUUAUCAAAAUACUUUGGUGUCGCCCCCGUUCGUAUUCCGUAUUUCGAGUAUAUGAUUUAAAAAAUAUCUAAUUAAAAGUAAUGACCCUGUAAUUCAAAUUGCAUGUGUGUUUAUAACAGGUAAUCAUUCCCAGCCUCACAUGGCUGCCCAAAAUAACCAUACCGUUUUACUGUAGAUUUUGGUUGCAACAAAUUUCGAUACAGAUACGAUUCUUAAGUUAUUAAUUGAGUUGUCAUUUCGAUAAGAAGAAAAAUAGUGAAUACACAUCGUAUCCAUAGUGAAAAGUUAUGUUUUUUAUUUGCAGUUCAUUUCCAGAGUUCAGUUCGAUUAGCAUAGAAUCACGUGCUUCCGCUUUCAAGAUCAAUCGUUCUAUAAUCGUUAUCAUGACCUCCAAUUAUGCUUAUAGAUUGCUUUCAGUGGGGUGAUCAUGUUAUCCAAUGUUUUCGAUAGAUCAGGGGCCGUACUCUGUAAAAAAAAGAUAUUAGGUAAAAUUUUUACCACCACGAGAGAAAUAAUGUGUCCAACCAAUUUGGGGCAGUAUUUUACCCAAUGCGGGAAGCAUAUUGUCUCCUAAGAUUACAAAAUUAGCAGUAAUUACUUUAGAAUGGGCAAAGUUUUCAGCACACUGGAUAAAUAAAAUGCCCAAAAGAAAUGCCCAAUGUUGGUUGGAUACAUAAUUACCCUCAUGGAGUACUUUUACCCAGUAUUUUUUAGAGUGUAUACAUAAAAAAAUUCAACAAUUGUUAUAACUUUUCUCAUUAUAAAUUGGCCAAUAGCUCUUUUACUAGAGCAUGUAGAGUGUACGUUGUAAUUAUUCGAAUAAUCUUAAGGUGAAGUCAACAAAAAGUUAGCAUUUAAGAGAGAAGUUUUUACAUAUAAUUUUCUUUUCGAAUGAUCAAUGUGCAUGGUAACCAAAGGUCAAAUCAAUUUAAUAGUUAAAUUCACGGAAUAACUAUUCUGAUUCAUAUUGAAAUGUAUUUUUUUUUUUUUUUUUUAAUGGUAAGCCCUCCAAAUUUCCAUUAGCAAUGUCCUGUCCUGCAGCACCUAAACUGAAAAAGAAAUAUUUUGUGGCAUUUCAAAAUGAUGUUCCUUUUUUUUGUCUUUUUAGGAUUGCAUACGAGCUAUUUGAAUGCAAGUAUUCAGGGAUUUAAGUGGGGUUUGGUGAAUUGCUUUGAUUUUGGGCCGGGUAAUAGCUGAGGUAUUUUGCGCAUUCAGCAAAAUUCAACAUGCGAACCUUCGUCGUUUACAACGUCUUUUAUACAUACGUUACAAAGUAUUCAUUGCUCAAGGAGAGACCGAAAAGGGUCACCCCGAAAUGACAGUACUUUUCAAAUCUGACACAUUCGAAACGAGCCCGGAUUCGAGAUUCAAUUUGCGGUGGCAUUGCUUUGAAAUAUCUCCGUUUUAGCCGCAGACAAGGAGGAGCUGGCCAUUCAUUACCGUGGCUUUGUGCGGCAAGCUUCCGCGGGUGGCUUGCAGGUGACAGGCCGCUAAAUGGGAACUUGUCCAAAGUCAGAAAUGGAAAUUGAUUUGUUUAUGAAAAUGCGAGAUUGGGCCUUGUCAUGACCUAGACUUAUCAAAAGCGAUUGCUUCAUGUUUCCUUUCCUUCAAGUCUCAUAUCAAUCUUGUGGGAUCAGUUCGGUAAAAGUCCUAUGAAAUAAAUAUGAUUACUAAGAUUGGAUAUGAAGAGAUGUUCGUUUCUUCAAUAUUUAUUGUACCCCUUCCAUCCGCUAAAUGGCGCCAUCUGUGUUAUAUAAAGAACAUUAUAAUUAUUUAUCUGUCAAUGUUAAUUGAUAAUCAAUUAACAAAUUUUAUUUUGAUAUGAACACCCUCCCAUCUCUUGUUGUUUAAUAGUGGCUUGAAGAAAUGUUUCGCGUUGCAUGCUGCUAAAAACGACUGGAUGAAAGUACCUUCAAGAAAAUCACUAGUAUUCAUAUUUAUUUUCAUCCCAAUAUUUGCGCCGAUGAAUCAUAAUUUAAACAUGCCAAAAUGAUAUCACAAAGGGGAAAUAGGAAUGAAAUAACUUUCCCGCAUGUAUUCAAGUCUUUGGACUGUGUCACCGAGAUAAAAAAAAAUGACUAAAAAUCCUACGUAAAUUUCCAGAUGCUGUCGAGACGGUGUCUCUACAAUUACAGUUGAUCGUGCUCUGAGUAUGCAAGCUAAUCUGCAUUAUUGAUGUUAGUUUUUAUAUAAUUUUGUCCUUACGCCUACCCCCCCCCCCCCGACAUCCAAGCCCAGCCAAAAAUCUCAGUUUGUGAAUAAAACUCAUUUGUCACAAGCAAUUGCACGUGCGGCAUGUACGAUCCAAUAAAAUUCCAGUCCAGUGAAACGUGUUUAAUGUAAACUAUGGUUUAAUUUCUUGAUUAUUAAUCUACAAUCCUAUAACGAAGAAAGAUCAUGUGGAAAACGUCUGAACAUAUCCCAUUGCGGUGGCACUACUUCGACAGAUGUAGGCGUAGUUAGCAAUUUAAUUUCAACGAGGACUGUAAAGAUGAUUUUAUGUCUGAAAUUGUAUUAUUAAACUAAUAAAAAAACUUCCAUCUAACUUCGAUCUUGUGUGAAAAAAUGUAAAUUUAUGUAGUGGGUGGGUGUAGCGUUAUCUAGAACCAGUGCACUCGUAGUCUCUCUCUCUCUCAGACCCAUGUAACAGUUAGUUUUGUGAAUUUUCUUCUCUUUUUUCAUUAAUAUAAUUAUUCUGGAUAAACUGUGUGAAGGAACGUCUAACCCUCCUGAUGUGUGUGUCGUAAAUUGUUCAAUUGGUUGUUUCAGUUGAAGUUUUCAUUUUUACCACAACGGCAAUAAAUAUUAACCUAAUGGCUCCUUUUUGCCAAAAGGGAAACACAGCUAA